GUAAAUAACCUGACGAAAUGAAUACGGGAUUUUGGCCUCCGUCGUUUGGAUAUGGAACCCUUUCAUUAAUGUGCCUCAUUCUACCUCACUGCUUUGGUCAAGAUAUAACGUUAACUCCACAGAGUCCUGCUACAGUUAGAGAGGGACAAUCUUUAGUGCUGACAUGUCAAUCAGGCCAGACUAGUGGAGUAUAUCGGUUCUUUUAUACCAACAGUGAGGGAAAUAAAAUUAGUUAUGCUACAGGAGGAGGAGGUUUUAAGUCAUGUCUAAAUAGCACUAAUGAUGCAUUCCUAGAGUGUGAUUUUGGGACUCCAUGGAAAUUCAAACUAACAUUGCUUAAUCCUGUCCAUAACCAGACUGUCUACUGUCAGAGGAGUUUUCAGGGUCGAGAUGCUGAUAUAAGUUCCACCAUCUUUGUACAAGUGCCCGUCAGUAGUAUCACACUGUCACCAUCGUCCAGUGUAGAGGUCAUUGAAGGAACGUCCUUCACCUUCAGCUGUGUAUCAAAAGCUGCCAGACCAGCAGCAAACAUAACGUGGUACAAAGACGGCGUGGUCGUGAGUGAAAGUUCAUCGAGUACUUCAACGAAUAACCUGUUGUACGAUGUGACCAGUAAUCUUACGUCAUCCUAUCAAAGAACGGAUAAUGGGAGGAGGUUACAUUGUACUGCAGUCAACAUAAAUGGAGAUACACCAAAACAGUCAUCCCAAGCUCAACUAAAUGUUAUAUAUGCACCCCCUACUGUCCCACAACUGACAGCUGAUGGAUCUACGUCAGUGGAUGAAGGACAGUCCAUUACAUUACGGUGUACUUUGUCGACGCUUGGUAACCCUCACAUCACGUGGAGCUGGGUGUGUGGAGAUGACACACUGACCACUGGAGUGACCAAUACAGGGACGAAGUCAGUGCUGACAUUGACAGGCAACAGAAAGUACAACCAGAGAACGUGUCAGUGUAGAGCCACAAGUCCACGACCGUCAUUGUCGUAUAACAGGACGUCAGGAACACAAACCAUCACUGUCUACUAUACACCCCCUGCUGCCCCACAACUGACAUCUGAUGGAUCUACGUCAGUAGAUGAAGGACGGUCCAUUACAUUACGGUGUAAUUUGUCUACGAUGGGUAACCCUCACAUCAUGUGGAGCUGGAUGUGUGGAGAUGACACACUGACCACUGGAGUGACCAAUACAGGGACCCAGUCAGAGCUGACAUUGACAGCCAACAGGAAGUACACUCAGAGAACGUGUCAGUGUAGAGCCACAAGUCCAAGAUCAUCAUUGUCAUAUAACAGGACGUCAGGAACACAGACCAUCACUGUGUACUAUACACCCCCUGCUGCCCCACAACUGAUAUCCGUUGGAUCUACGUCAGUGGAUGAAGGACAAUCCAUUACAUUACGGUGUAUCUUGUCUACGCUGGGUAACCCUCACAUCACGUGGAGCUGGGUGUGUGGAGAUGACACACUGACCACUGGAGUGACCAAUACAGGGACCCAGUCAGUGCUGACAUUGACAGCCAAUAGAAAGUACAACCAGAGAAUCUGUCAGUGUAGAGCCACAUUUCCUAGACCGUCAUUGUCAUAUAACAGGACAUCACCAACAAAGACUAUCACCGUGUACUAUAACAACGUCAUAACAUCAAACUUGAGUGCAGAAUAUGUCACCAGUGAACACGGACGACUUCAGAUAAAAUGUGAUGUGGAUGGAAACCCUUUAUCUACCAUCACCUGGCUGUUUGUGCAAAACAACACUGUUGUAAAGAGAGACUCUAGCGUAAGCAGUAGCGUACUGGAUAUAUCGUCAGCAAAUUGCCUAGAUCACGGGAGUUACAGUGUUACAGCUGAUAAUGGAAAGGGUCCAGCUGCUGUGAGAACAACCCAUGUAGCGGUGAGAUGUAAACCUCGACUGUAUAACAUGGAUUCCCAGACUCCAGACAAACUUGGCAUAGGAAAUAAUGAAUCUCUUCAAAUACUCGUGAGAAUGCUAUUGUAUCCACAAGCAACUCUGACACAAUGGACUUUCUUGGGGAAAUAUAAUGGGAGUAAAGUCAUUCAGAAUGAUGCAAAUGGCUACAGCAUAACAUAUAGUAAGGACGAGAAUAAACAAAACAUCUCUCUAUACAAAAGGAGUGUUAAAACAGAGGACUUUGGAGAGUACACCUUAAUGGUUCUGAAUGAUGUUGGUACUUUCAUCAGGAUAUAUUAUGUAGAUGCAGCAAGGCCACCAUUGAAACCCACUAAUCUAACAUUGGAAUGUGGCACAUCUGUAAAGUUGUCAUGGAUUUCUAACUUUAAUGGUGGAGAUAGUCAGACCUUUAAGAUUUCCUAUUCCACUGUUGGUGUUGGGGAUUCAUCAUAUAAAGAUCUAGAUACCAUCAGUGAUCAGGGAUAUGGCAUACUCCACAGCUACACACCCAAUAUUGAGCUACAAGGGACAGCAUGGUUUACAGUGACUGCCUCCAACUUGUUUGGGAAUUCUACAUCAGAUUAUGUCCAUUGCAUUGUUAAAGGAAUGCAAGAGGAGGUCAGCCGUCAGACAGAGACGAUUGUCGGCACUGUUGUUAGCAGUGUGGCGUUAAUCAUCGCUGUUUCAGUCCUUGCGAUCUUCCUCCGAAGGCGUUAUAAAUGCACCUGCAUCAUAAAAGUGGAGCGCAUAGACGAAAGUAUAAAAGCAGCUGACCUAUCUAAAGAUGAAUCUCAAAUAAAUUUGGCAGAGCAAAACAUGCAGGGAGAAAGAAUUGUGUAUGAAGAAUUAAAAGAGAGAGAGACUGGAAAUCAAUACCAGGAUCUCUCCACUAAAGGAAAUCAAGAAAUUAAAACGCAAACAUACGAGAGUAUGCAAGGACCCAGUGCUGACAACAAAUACGAAGAACUUUCAACGGUUUCUAAAACACUAGAUCAGAGAGGCCAGACUUACUACAACUCACAGACGGUAACGCCCACUGAUGUGUACGUCAACACCUCAUUUCAGAACUAGUCAAAUGAGGUAACGCCUACUGAUGUGUACGUCAACACCUCAUUUCAGAACUAGCCACGUGAUAGUCAUGUGAACUCUAGAAGAUACUUACGAUUUGCUGUUGUUGUUGCUGUGGGUGUGUGUGCGUGUGUAAAAAUAUACAACAGAAGGACACUGUUUAAUGAACAAACUACUGUCAGUCAAUGACAUAUAUGUUAUAGAUGUGAAUGAUUCUCUUUCUGAUGUACAAAAGUUAGAACUUUUCAAUGUUAUUCAAUAUUUUCUAAAUGAAUGUGACUGUCUUUAAAUUUCUCAAAUGAAAAUGAUUAUGUAUCUUUUUUUACUAUGAUACUACAUGUACACUCUGUAAACACAAUAAGCCUAUUAUGUAUGCAUUGUAUUUCUUUAUUUAUUAUAUGCCCAUCAUUUAUUUAUUAUAUACCCACCAAUUUAUCGUAUUUUUGAUACUUUUGAUUCCACAGAGUGUGAUCCGAUUUUCCGCAUCACCACUCUGAGGUUUUCUGAUUCCGUAUCAGUACCCUAUGAAACUGAUUACGUCACAGUGCAUCGACACAUUUUUCUUUUGAAAAUAUUGACCACGUCACAAACAAAACUGCGCACACAAAAUACAAUUUUAAUGUAUGUCUGUUUGUUUGGUAAUUUGAUUACAAUUAAUAUCAUAUAAAUGUGGAUUUAGAAAUACAUAAGGGUGUUAAUGAUAAAUUUAACAUUACUACAAUUACAUGAUACGAAGAGUUGGAUCGAAUAUCGUGUCUCGCUUGAUAUGAUAAACCGCGUCUGUCAACUCAACGUAAUCCAACUAUUCGGAUUAAGUUACUGUAGUAAUAAUGCAUAUAUAUCCAUUGUAGAUUGGUCAUGAUAUAUACCAAUAUUAUAAAUUAUUGUAAUGGGAGAGGGUGAUCUAAAUAUUUGAACUUAUGUUUAAUCCUUUUGAUGUUUUUAUCAAUAAAAUAUGACCAAUUACAUUCAAUAAA